UAGCCGAUAGCAACAAGCAUGGCUGCACAGAGCAGUUCGCUAUCCAAAUUGCAGUCUUUAAAUGGUAUAUUUGCCAUUUAUAAGAAACAGGGUCCCACCUCCGCGGAUGUGUUAAACGCACUGAAGAAGGCGCUUUUAAAAGAGGCAGGAGUUGCAAAUCCCAAUCCUCGCAAGAGGAAGAAACAACCUUUAAAAAUUGGCCAUGGUGGCACCCUGGACAGCAAUGCUUCUGGUGUACUUGUGGUUGGAAUUGGUGAAGGAACAAAGAUGCUCACCACGAUGCUUGCAGGAUCAAAGAAAUACAGAGCUGUUGGAGAGUUAGGCAAAGCAACUGAUACGCUUGACGUCACAGGAAAUGUUGUUGAAGAGAAGAGUUAUGAUCACAUAACAAAAGAGGCUUUUGAGGAGAAGAUGAAGCAAUUUACGGGUGAAAUUAUGCAGGUUCCACCUCUAUAUUCAGCACUGAAGAAGGAUGGCCAGCGCAUGUCUGUCCUGCUCAAGCAAGGUCAAGAGGUUGAGGCUAAACCUGCACGUCCAGUCACAGUGUACAGUCUCUCUUUACAGGACUUCAGCCCGCCAUAUUUCACCAUAGAUGUUGAGUGUGGAGGUGGAUUUUAUGUAAGAAGCUUGGUUGAUGAUCUUGCAAAAGCUCUGUCCUCCUGUGCUCACAUCAAGCAUCUCACUCGGACCAAGCAGGGUCAGUUCACGCUUGAAGAGCACGCAUUGAAGGAGGAUCGCUGGACAUGGACCGAUAUCUCACAGGCUCUGCAGCCCUGCCCAAAGCCACCAGGGCUACAAAAUAAUGCCAAGAAAGCUAAAUCAAAGCAUAAACCUACAUCUGAAUCUGAGGUUGACAAUGGAGAUCAAAAUGAUUAAAGGUGAUGAAACAACCCGUCUGAUACACAAAUUGCAUUCUCUGUGAGAGAACUGUAGCAAAUUGUCUGGUCCAUUCUGAUUUGAUCUGGUCUCUGCUACCAUCCAUGUGUAUCCAUCUUCAUGGCAAAGUGAGGAUAAAAAAGGGUGGCAUCAUCAAAAUAGAUAAUGGAUUAUUAAUGCAUCUGAAUUCACUUAAUGAAAAAAAAUAUAUAUAAUUGAAAGUAGUUAUUUUGUUUGUUAAUAAAUGUCUAUGGCAUUUAAUUAGUUUUCUAGGUCAGUAAAUGUCUUAGACUUUUAUGUGUUGUUUUCAUGUUUGGUAAAAACCAUAACAUUUAUAAUAGAAGCAAUACAUAACAUCAGAUUAUUGCAGUACUCGUGUAUUGGAAAAUAGCAAUAAAUUACACUAUUGUUGAAAUGUUUGGAGAUGGUAAGAAUUUUUGUUUCAGAAAGAAGUCUGAAGAAUGCAUUUAUUUGUUUAAAAAUAGUAAAUAUUGUGAAAACUGUAAUAUUGUGAGAUAUUUUAAGAAACUUUUUU